AUGGAUUUCUAUCUUCGUUGCAACUCCCUCACAUGCCGCUCUCAACUCAAGGAGAGAGCCGUUGUCACCACCUGCUCGUACGACAAUCUCGGACUCUCUCGUCCUAACGCGGGCGAACGUCGCUGUCCAGCAUGUCAAGCCAUCCUAAUCAACCCAGACGACGCAGUAGCGACCAUCCUGAACCCAACGGAGGAUUACAAAACGAGCGUCCUCAGCGGACUCGAUCCGAACACCAUCAUGGAGUGUGCGGGGAGAGCCUUGCUGUUCUGGACAUACCAAUCGAGCCAGGAGAUUUUCUACCAGGAAUUCCUCGGAAAGACGCUCACGGAGAAAUACACGAAUCUCAACACGCAAAUGGAUAAAGUUGUUCAUAACGCGAACACGGAAAUUGCAACUCUACAGGCUAGUCUAUCAGACAUGCAGGACACGCACGAGCAGCUGGGGAAGAAAAACCAAGAACUCGCCGACCUCUACCGCGAAAAGUGCAAGAAGUUCACACAGAUCACAAACCUCUACAAUCUGCUCAAGACGCGCGCGAUGCGGUCUCAAAUGCAGACCGCUGCGUCAGAAUCGGUUUCCCAAGCGUUGAGGACGCUGGCGCCGCCUCCCCAGGUUCAACCACACAACACGCUGCCUCCAUUAUCGGCAGCGGUCACAGGGCCUCCGCCCCAGACACCCUCUUCGCGUCAGCAGAGCGCGUUUCCGGUUGACACGGAUGGCGUAGAGCAACUCCACCGGCACCAGCGGAGUGGGACGGGGAGCUCUCGGGGGACGAAGCGGAGGGCGGCUGUCAGUGCUAUGGCUCCGCCCAGUCGUCCGGUGGGAGCGGUUAGAACUGAAAUGCCCCAGGCUACGCCGCAACACCGAACGCGCCUUACGGGACCCCCUCGCUCGUCACGUCCUUCGACGGGACUGUCGCAGUUACCGCAGGACAGAGUCAUGUACGAACGGUUCCAAGGGGAUACAGGCGUGGAUCAUCGGGUAUGCAAUGGCGGGGGUAGUAUACAUGCUCCUCCUGAUCCGAGGGAGGGGUCUGGGAUGAGGAUGUAUUUCGACAGACUGUAG